GCAAGGCUUCAUAAGGAAUCUUCUCUGUCUUUAUAAUAGCUCUUUUCACACAAGCUAAUCUCAGCACUCAAGAAGAAAACAACAAAAAAACCUAUGAAAAUGGGUCGUUUCGAAGGAUUCUAUCUUAGUGGUGUUCUGAACAGCUUCUUGUUGUUCUGUAAUGGUGGCACAACAAGUAGGUAUGUCAGCAGGUUAGAGGCAACGGCUGAUAUGCCACUCGAUAGUGAUGUAUUUCAUGUAGAAAGAAGCACAGCAUAUCAGCCCUGGAUUUGGACCGUAGGAAGCCAUGAACUUGAUUUUGCCCCCCAGAUUGGAGAAACCACACCAUUUAAGCCAUUCAAGCAUAGGUACCGUACUCUUCACCGAUCAUCAGGCAGCACAGAACAAGUCUGGUACUCUAUAAAGAGAGGUCCAGCUUACAUAAUCGUGCCGGCUUCAUAUUCAGCAUACGGUAAAUACACACCGGAGUACAUGUGGCUUGAACAAGAAUUCCCAAAGGUCAACAGAACAGAAACGCCAUGGUUGAUUGUUCUGUUGCAUUCACCGUGGUACAACAGCUACGUUUACCAUUACAUGGAAGGAGAAACCAUGAGAGUGAUGUAUGAGCCAUGGUUCAUCAAGAACAAAGUAGAUAUUGUUUUUGCGGGUCACGUCCAUAGCUAUGAAAGAUCAUCCAGUGAAAGAUCUAUCUGCUCCUGUAUAUAUCACCAUUGGUGAUGGAGGCAAUCUUGAAGGAUUGUCUACCAUGUGAACUAUUAAUUAAACUUUUCUAAUCAUUGCAACUUUUUUUUUCCAUUAGAUUCAUCAUCAGUACUAUGAAAAAUUUGAAUGGACAUGGUUUCCGCAGA